CACGGCUAGUUUGCAUCAGCGCGCAACGCGCGUGGCUAUCUCAUUUGUAGCCUUGUACCAACCAGCACAACCGUACAACCAACAAGUGCGUGGCAAAGGCAAAGGCAAGCGGGCCGGGUAGAUAUUUCUCAGGCCGAAGUCAUGCGUGCGUGCGUGCGUGACCCUUUUGGUUUGGGAGUACACUCAGUAGAUGAGUGACCCGCAACCGAACGCCCUAUGAUAUCCCUGCUCUAGUGAGUGCCCUGCCCCCUGGUCCAAGACCAUGGAUUCCCAUUAUAUAUCCUCACUUGGCCGUUCCGCGGCAAGAUCUUUCAAUCAGGACUGCUCGUACGGCGCUAUCUGCCCGAUCAAGCUUCCAGCUUCUUUGAACCGAAACAGAUAGGAGCUGGUAUAAAGCAAGCGCUCCACACGCCACAUUUAGCAGCAGCAGGAGGAGCAGUGAGAGCCGCUACCACGUCUCCGUCCCUGUGCAACACAUACCCGUACCUGUACCGCCGGCGCAUAAUUGCCGGGCGGAAAGCGUGGUGGUGGUUACUAAGCUCGAUCGAGACUUCGAGAGAGGGUCUCGUCAUCUCGAGGAGGAAGAAGAAGUUGCAAGCAAGUAUGGGCACGCACGCCAGGUCCAUGAGCUGGUACAUGGGCGGCCCGCCGGGCUCGCCCGCGCCACCGGGGAGCAGCGGCGGCGGCGAGGCGCAGCGCGCGCUGAGCAGCAGCAGCGGCAGCGCCGGCGGGGGCAGCGACGCGAGCUUCGACACCAACAUGGUGAUCAUCCUCGCGGCCCUUCUCUUCGCCCUGCUCUUCGCGCUCGGGCUCAACUCGCUCGCGCGGUGCGUCAUCCGGUGGGCGCGGCGCGCGGCGUCGUCCGGCGAAGGCGGCGUCGACGAGGAGGCUGCGGCGGUGCAGGGCGGCGGCGGCGGCGGCGGCGGAGGGAUGAGCAGCGGCAAGAAGAAGCGCACGCUGAGGAGCCUCCCCAUCGAGGUGUACGGCGCGUCCGGCGGGUCCGCGGGCGCGUCGGACGUGUGCGCCAUCUGCCUGGGCGAGUUCGCCGACGGCGACAAGGUGCGCGUGCUGCCCCGGUGCGGCCACGAGUUCCACGUCCGCUGCGUCGACGCCUGGCUCGUCUCGCACGACUCCUGCCCCACGUGCCGGGGCUCCGUGCUCACCGGCGCCGCCGCAGCCGCGCCCAAGACCGCCUCGGCCGCCGCUCCGGGAGGCAGCUGGCGGCCCGGGAGCGUCGACGCCGCCGCCGUCACGGUGAUCAUCGCGUGACGACGCGGGCGGGCGCGGGGAUACUGGCGGGCCCCGCGUGCAGUCAGAUAUGCUUGUUUGAAGAAUCCUGGCCGUGGCCGUGUCUGUGAGAUAUUUUUCGACGCUGCUGCGGUGAGAGAAGGCCCGCUGGUCUCUGUUCACCGCUGAGUCGUCACGGUCAAGCUUUUGCCUGCCGUCGACAGCAAGUACCGCUGGCCUCCAUGUAUAUACUCCUCUCGACGCUGUAUAAUACUAGUCUCAUACUGCUAGUAGAUAUUUGACUGCAAAUAAGACGGUGUAUUUCUUUUUUCCUUUUUGUACAUGCUGGAUUUUCCACGAUUUUUUUGCGCGCUGCUGAGCUCAGAUAGAUUCUGGGAUAUUUGUACCUGCUGAGGUCAUUACGUCUAAAUACCGGAAUUCUCUCUGGCUCUCCA